UAGUUGGGCAGGUAGCCAAUUUUGGCCGUCUCCUUUAAUUCUUAUUUUAUUGAUCCGCUUCCCUUCUUCACUCAUCAUCUUCUCUUUUCUCUCAUUCCUGCGGUUUCAGUCGUCGAAGCUUCUGCCUUUCUUUUGAUUUCAGAGCUUUCAGCCUUCGACUAGACUCCUUCCCCAUCAAUCUCUCGCCCUUCUGGGUUCAUCUGCGUGUCGGAAUUUUCAAUCAAGGAAUUGUUCUUCUUUCGUUAUUUUCGUAGAAAGCUUGGCCUUUAAUGGAAGGAAACAACCCACUGCAUUCUGAUCCAGUUUUCUCUUUUUUCCCAUUAAAGUCUAUAGCUUGCCAAGCUGAUAAGUUUGGUCGUGGUUUAAUAGGAAAAUUUUUCUGGACAAAAAGUUUUGUUUUUUGCUAUUUGAGGUUUCCUAGGAUUGAUGUUUUCUUUUUGGCUUCUUUCCUUUCCGGGGUGUAGUCAAACACUUCUCCGUUCUUGAAGUUUUAAAAUCCCUCCGUUAAUUUGAUUCUGGUUGUGGAAAUCUCGAACCGGCCCGGCCCUUCUCCUCCGACAUGGAGGUUUCUGGGUUCCCCCUCCUUCUCUUUUCUGUAAAAAUGAUAUUCAGAAGAUUAUUUUUUGAGAUUAGCACCCAAAAGAUCACAUUGUAAACCCAAAUAUGGCUGCCCUUGAUCAGUAUUUUGAGGAGGCUGUGUCCCAAACCGAUUCCUUUGGUGAAGAUAACUCUUACCCGGAAAAGUGGGAAUCUGGGACAGAUUCCACUGCAGGUUCUGAGAGAAAUGACUCUAAUGGCUUUGAUUGCAAUAUCUGCUUGGACUCUGUGCAAGAUCCAGUGGUCACUCUUUGUGGUCAUCUCUACUGCUGGCCCUGCAUUUACAAAUGGCUCCAUUUUAACAGUAUCUCCUCUGAAGAAAACGACGAAGAACAGAGUCCCCAGUGUCCAGUAUGCAAAACAGAAGUUUCCCAAUCCUCACUCGUUCCACUCUAUGGCCGAGGCCAAACCACAAAACCUUCCAAAGGUAAGUCCCACCAUGUGGGGAAUAUGAUUCCACAAAGACCACAUGGACCUUUGUCCAUGGUUGAUCCUCGAAGAUCAUUUAGUGCUACUACUAGUGCAGUUCCCCAACCCUCUUCCCAAUUUUAUCAUGGCCGUUAUCCUUAUUAUCAUCCUCAACAGUUCAACUCGAUCCCAAGCAGUUCCACCUCAGGAAUGCUUGGCAUGGAUGGUGCGCUCAGAAACGCAUUUGAUUCAUGGAUUGGGGUGUUCGGCGAGAUGAUAUAUGCGAGAGUGUUUGGGAACCAGGUGACAGACGUAUACGCUUACCCUAAUGCAUAUAAUCUGGCAGGGAACAGUAAUCCAACGAUCAGAAGACAUUUGAUGCAAGCUGAUAGGCGACUGAAUAGAAUCUGCCUUUUCUUGCUUUGUUCUUUAGUUUUGUGUCUUCUUUUAUUCUGACGGCCAUUUUACUUUCUCCUUGUGUAAUGCAUACGUUCUUGUAAAGAAUACAUAUUUACAUGCAUCAUUCGAAUCCAGUCUUAUGAUCA